AAUGUAAAAGACUCCAGUGUCACUGAGACCUGUCAGUGUGCGCUAGGAUGGUCUGGGAGCUUGCUUGGUUUACAACCAGUGAAAAGAAGAUGACUAGACAGUGAAGGAGGCAGGGAACAUGAGAACAUUGUUCUUCUGGAGUGAGACGCACCCCUAAGAGUGAAUGAUUCUUGGAAAUAAAGUUCUUUGCAUCUCUCCAAAGCUAAACAAUUUUAAAAGACCUUCCUUACUCUGGACCUAUGAGAGACGGAAACUACUUUCAGAUGGACUGUUUUUAUUCUAAUGUGCAUUGACGUUUUUCCCCUCUUAUCUUCAUUGUCCAACAGUUCAUACUACAUUUAUUAACAACCAGUGUGUUGUGGGUGCAUUUAUGCAACAUCUGUGACUAUUGGAGACCAGUUAAAGGGAAAAAAACAUCAAUUAAAGCCUGUGGAGCAAAGGGUGUUCUCUUCAUUCCAGAAAGUCUUCUAAGGGAUCAGACAUGUCCAGAAGAUUGUAUGUGUCAAAGCGUCUGGCAUUUGCCACAGUUUUGGUGGCAUUCCUGGCUAUAAUCACUGUUAUCGCUGUGAUCAUCACUUCCCAAAAGCAAAAGAAUAAACUCACAGGCACUGGGCACCCAGACACCAAAGUGGAUCCUUCUGGACCACCACCGAACACCAGGUUGCCUAAGGACCUAAUGCCGGAUAGCUACAGGAUGUACAUUCAGGUUCACCUGCACACCAAGAUGAAUGUUACAAACUACACGUCUACCUUCAGUGGGAACUCCACUGUGAAGUUCAGGUGUGUGGAAGCUACUCACUGGAUCAUCAUCCACUGCAAAGAGCUGAAUGUGACAUCUAUCCAUCUCACUGACGAGCACGGUUCUGCCGUAGCUGUGAAAUAUACCUCGCUGAAGGAGGAUGACAGUAAUUUUUUAGAAAUCGAACUUACAGACACGCUGAGAGCUAACACAACAUACUACCUCUUCACCGCUUUUGAAGGAUUGUUGGGCUAUAACCAAGACGGAUUGUACAUUAGCCGGUACAACGAAAAUACAGGCAAUCAGAGUUCGUUCGGAUUUCUUGCAGCUAGCCACAUGGAGCCUACGGCAGCUAGAAGAGUGUUUCCCUGUUUUGAUGAACCGGCGAUGAAAGCUGUAUUUAAUGUCACUGUAAUACAUCGGGUGGGUACUGUAGCGCUCAGCAACGCUGCUCAAAAAGAUCAAAAGCAAAUGAGCAUUGACGGAGAGGAAUGGCUUGUUACGGAGUUUCAUCCAACUGUCAAAAUGUCCACCUACGUCCUAGCCUUUACAGUCUCUGAAUUUACUUGCAAAACGACAGACUAUGGAAGGUAUGUUCUUAAGACAUGGGCACGUCCAGACGCCAUUGCCAUUGGCCAUGUAGAUUACGCUCACAGCAUAACUGGGAACAUCCUUGAGUCCUUUGAAGAUCUCUAUGACAUAAAGUAUCCUUUGAAUAAGCUGGACCAGAUUGCUGUGCAGAAUUACGUUGCAAGUGGUAUGGAAAACUGGGGCUUGAUAAUCUACCACGAGACAUCAUUACUUUAUGACAAAGACUUCUCCCUGACGUCCCGCAAAGCCUUCAUCGCUGAAAUCAUUGCCCAUGAAAUAGCUCAUCAGUGGUUUGGAAACCUGGUCACAAUGGAAUGGUGGAAUGACGUGUGGCUAAAUGAAGGCUUUGCCACAUACCUGUCAUACAUUGGUGUGGAUAAAGCUGAACCAACCUGGAAUUUUAGUGAACUGUUCUUCAUCAGAGAGGUUCUGGGCCUGCUUAAAGUGGAAUCCAUAGACAACUACCGGCAGCUCAUUCCUGAAGUGGAAGAGGUCAUUACACCCAGUGACAUCGAGGACCUGUUUGACUUCAUCACCUAUAGCAAGGGGGCAGUAGUGUUGAGAAUGCUGUCUAGUUACGUGUCGGAGACGGUCUUUGUCAGCGGUGUAAAGUCCUAUCUGAAGGCAUACCAAUAUAACAACGCAGAAUACCAGGAUCUCUGGAGACACAUACAGGAAGCGGUAAAAAGCAACAACGACACCACUCAAGUUGCCGACAUGAUGGAGUCCUGGACUAAACAACCAGGGUUUCCUCUUAUUACCAUCAACACCUCGUCUGGAGACAUAUCUCAGGAGCACUUUAUGUUCAACGAAAGCGCUCGAUACAACAUAACAUGGCAAGUUCCAAUUAAACUGCUCAAGUCUGGUUCGCAGGAAAUAACGCAGGACCUACUGACUGUAAAUGGCCCCGUUUCAAAACCAAUAUAUCAGUCAAAUAACAAUGAAUGGAUCCUAGCCAACGUCAACUGCACUGGAUACUACAGAGUGAACUACGACCCGGAGAACUGGGAGAGGCUUCUGCGGCAGCUUGGCACAGACCACCAUAUGAUUCCCGUUGUCAACAGAGCACAGCUUAUUGACGACGCAUUUGAACUAGCAGAAGCCAGGCAUGUCAAUAUCACUUUGGCUCUCAGCUUUACCAAGUACCUACACAAGGAUAUGGAAUUAAGUCCCUGGGCGACUGCCAGGCUUAAACUUAAUCACAUCAUUCUGAUGUUAGAUCGUUCAGAAGACUAUAGCUUCAUUGAGGCAUACAUGAGGAAGCAGGUCAGCCCGCUUUAUGACCAUUUUGAAGCUUUCACCAUGAAUUCAUCCAUCCCUGAGCAACUCACUGCGCAGGAGCUCCAGAUUAUAGUCAUCGGAAUGGCAUGCGGCAGUGGUCUAAUUAAAUGCCAGAAGAUGGCCGUUGACACAUUCAAUCAAUGGAAACAGAACCCCACUUCAAAAUGGGUCCACCCAAACUUGCGAUCACCCAUCUUCUGUGCUGCCAUAGCUGCCGGAGGUCAGCAGGAGUGGGAGUUUUUGUGGCAGUUGUUUCAGAACACCACUGUUGAGGCAGAGAAAGACAUUCUGAGAGGUGCGCUGUCCUGCACCAAGGAUACCGAGAUCCUGAAAAGACUCCUGGAAUACACUCUGGACCUGGAUAAGAUAAAGAAGACUGAAUUUUAUUCCAUUAUGAAAUCCAUCACCAAUAAUGUGGCAGGUCAUUCUUUAGUCUGGGACUUUAUCCAGAAGCAGUGGACAAACCUAAAACACAAAUUCGGAGGUGAGGAACUAAUAUUAGGCGCCGUAAUCGAAGCAGUGACAGAACGAUUCUCCUCAGAAACUGAACUCCAGGAGUUGACACAGUUUCUGUCGGACCACGGAGAGGAAGACUUUGGUUCCGCGCUGUGGGCUCUUGAGCACGCCAUCGAAAGGGCAGAAGCUAACAUUAAGUGGGUGGAGGAAAACAAGCAGAUCAUUCUGGAGUGGUUUCGUGGAGAAUCUGUGGCUUAUUAAGAUUCAUAGCUUUUCCCAGGAAAGUGCGGAAAGAAUUCUCCAGAUGAGAACCAGAUGGAGGGAGGAAGCAGAAUGCAGAAACAAUGUGCACUGCUGGGAUUACAGCAUUCCGGGCAGGCCUGCUAGCCGGGCGGCUUCUCUGAUGCUGGGCCUCCUCAGGAAUGAUCUGGCAUGUGCAACGUUAAUGGGAAGAUAGCAAAAGAGUGUCUCACUAUCAUCAAUCGAAGCACACUAUGUAACAAGUCACUUUUUUAGAACACUUAUACAAGAAUCAGUGUAAAAAUAAUUUCAUUACACAGAGUAUUUUAUUACUGUUUCAGACCCCAAGGACCAUAGUACACCUUUAGGUCGGCACGUACUCAGGUAUAUGAAUAAUUUAAACUUCUUAAAUUAAUGAAGAAAUUUAUUACAGUCACAUUUAGACUUACAUAAACGAAAUUACUGAGAAUAUACAAAGCAGUUUAUGUGAGUUACAUGUUACAUUUUAGAUGUUUUAAGCUGGGACCUGAUUGUGUAAACAGAACUGGAAACUGGAGCUGCCAGGGCUGUCUACUGACUCUGAUCCAAAUUGAGUCACUGUGUUCCUACAUCUUGGCUUCUGAUGGAAUGCAGGGGUGCCAAAUGAGUCUGUGUUUGUACAAAUGAGUUUCCCCCUAAUCUGAAUGUCAAAUAUUCUCUGUUUGGUCACCUUACCUGUAGCCAGACUAUGACCAUUAUGCAGCCUACCCAUUCCCUUCGUUGUUUGACAAGUCGAGCAGAGCGGACUCAGAAAUAGGUGCAGUGUAAGUUAUGGCCACAAGACGGCAGUGUGGAGUUACUCUACUGGGAUAUUUACGCAAUAGGAAUGUACUAGUCCCACCAUUAAAUGCAUAUUUUAAAAAGGCCAUAAUCUCUUAAAGGCGAUUUUUAAAAAUCAGUUGAAGAAACAUUAAACAUUUCAUGUUGAUAUAUCGCGAUUCAUUGUGUGAACUUUGUCUCAUAAACAAAAAUCAUUCAUAAAAAGUUGAAAGGAUAGAAGGUGAAUUUUCCAUCAGGUGUAUUAUUAUUAUUAUUACAUAUAUUACAUAAUAUUACAUAUUAUAUUAUUAUUAUUACACUCCAUAAUGAUGUAGGAAAGAACAAUCCGCAUUAGCUCAGGGAGCAAUAUUAUGUGAACUUAGUUGCAUUCUGUAAAACAUGAAUGUAGUCCUUGUUGGUAGGAUAAUGCAGAGUGCAAAACAGUGUAAAUGUAUCCAUCAAGAAACUUGCAUUGUAUGCUGCCAUAGUUUGUGUUGCUCAUUUUAUGCCGAGCUACAGUGAAAGGGCUGAAUGAAUGAAAGCUGCAAUAUCUAUCUGGGACUAUCGCAUAAGCCGUAAUUAUUGGGCUGUUUGUUUGUAGCUGUAGAUAAACAAACAACCCAAAUAUUUCUAUUCUUUUGUUUCAUUACUAAUAUUGCAAAAUUGACAAUAUGUAUUUGUAAUAAAACAUUCAACAGUCUC